AUGAUGGCGAUCAAGAUCCAGCUCGAAAGCGAGGUGGAGACAGUCAGCGAGAUGGGGACUGUGAGCGUGAUGGAGAAACCGGGAGCGACAAGUGUCAAAACUCUUGUUCGCAUUGAGUGUGAGGCAUCUGUCGAGAGCAAGGUAACGAUGCUCGGCGGCUUCGCUUAUGUUUAUCUUGAGGGAGAUAUGAUCAAGACAUUGGAGCGACGCGCGACGAAGAUGGUCUUUGUUGUGUGUCGUCGAGAUCGCAAGGGCUAUAAGCAGCUUGAUUCGCAAGAGGACCCCCACCAGCGGGUGCUGCAUCAGCUGAUGGUGCACGCUGUGGUGGUCGAACACGUGUAUCGCCACAUUCGGCCCGUGUAUCUCCAUAUCCUGAGCGUACUCGGACGCCAACGGAGACUACACCGUUCCACCCAGGUCUAA